AUGGUUAUGGCCCUUCUAAAAGUCUAUGUUAAUUCAUUAAAUGGCAUAGAAGCUUUCGCUCGCUUUUUAAAAUCAGAAUUUAGUGAUGAGAAUAUAAAAUUUUGGUUGGCAUGUGAAGAAUUUAGGAAAAUAGAUAACAAGGGUGAAAUCGAAAGCCGAGCCAAAUGGAUUUAUGAUACUUACGUCUCGCGCAAAGCUAAAACUGAAAUUAAUUUAGAUUCGAAAACAAGAAGUCAUAUCAGGAAAAGAAUGGAAUCAAUUGAUAAUAACAUUUUCGAUCAAGGUCAAAAAUGCAUCAAAGAAUUAAUGGCUACUGACUCUUAUCCUAGAUUCAUAAAAUCAUCUAAAUAUCGUAGUCUUCUAGCAUAA